UACCCCUCGUCCCACCUAACUCAACCCAACUCUGACCUUCCGUACAAGUGAAAGAGCACCCUGGAUAACCAAACACCCUUCUCUCAUAUGUGUGCUUGUAUAUAUGAGUGUGCACUUCUAUGUAAAGUACCUCACAGAAAUUUAAGGAGUGUAUUCAUCUUCCAUCUACUUAUUGAUUCCAAGACUGUCAUUAAUUAACUCAUUAUUUGGAGUGUGAAAGAGAGAAAGACAUAUACAGGAGAAUGGGAAAAGAGAUAGUGAAAGUAGAAUUAGCUGAUCAGGAGACAACAAAUCAUCAGAUUCACCGUCAACGACAUCAUCCUCAUCUGAUAUUGAGGAAAGGACGAGGAUGCCUUUGUUGGCACUUAACCAUGUUUCCUAUGUCUGCAAAUCUGUUCCCAAAAGUGUCCAAUUCUAUGAGCAAGUUCUUGGUUUUGUUCUCAUCCAGAGGCCCUCUUCCUUCGACUUUGAUGGAGCUUGGUUGUUCAACCACGGAAUUGGAAUACAUUUGCUAGGAAAAGAAGAUGUAGAGUCAAAGAAGGGAAAGAUAAACCCAAAAGACAAUCACAUUUCAUUCCAAUGCUACGAUAUGAACCUCAUAAUUGAAAGAUUGGAUGAGAUGAAGAUUGAAUAUGUAACAGCAACUGUGAAAGAAGGUGGAAUCAUUGUGGAUCAACUCUUCUUUCAUGAUCCAGAUGGUAACAUGAUUGAGAUAUGCAAUUGUCAAAAUAUUCCAAUUCUUCCACUUUCCUCUUGCCCUCUCAAGAAGUUCAACAAAUAUCCAACCUUCAACCAAACCAUGCCUAAUUCUUUUUUUGGGAAUGGAACCAGUAAGAUGAAUAGCUUAGGGGAAAUGGAAUAUCUGAUGAUGGAGAACUUAGCCAUGAACAUGAUAGACAUUUCAUUUUGAACUAGUAUUAGGAUACGCGCGUUGCGCGUGUACCUUAUC